GUUUAAUAGUAGAAUAAUUACUAAGUCUACUUAUGUUAGUGUGUAGUUAGUAGGACUGAAGUAGGGAUAGUGUGAUGGGUUAUGUCUAAUGAUGUAUCUAGCAGUGUAGGACAGCCCCUUACCUUCCAUCUCCCUGUUGUAUCACCUCAAGAUUAUAUGUUUAUCCGUCUUAAAUUUAACACAGGUUUUAUCAUCUUUCUGUGAUCUCUCUGUGCCCUUACCAAAAAAGAAAGAGAGAAAUGGAAGCAGCAUGGGCAACAACUGUGACUAUCAUAGUGAUACUUGUUCUGAUAUGGGCAUGGAAGAUUUUGAACUGGUUAUGGUUCAAACCAAAGAGGCUUGAAAAACUGCUAAGAGAGCAAGGCUUUCAAGGCAAUCCGUACAAGCUUUUUGUUGGAGACAGCAAGGAGUUUCUCAAAAUGAGAAAGGAAGCCUUGUCCAAACCCAUGAAUCUCUGUGAUGACAUAGCGCCACGUGUUUCUUCCUACAUGCAUCAUAUUGUCAACACACAUGGUAUUUUUCGAUUCUUUUCUUGCAGUUUUCAUCUAACCACUUCAGUUUUGCUGGUUUGGACAAUGGUGUUAUUGAGUAGGUACCCUAAUUGGCAACAACGUGCAAGGGAGGAAGUCUUCCAAGUCUUUGGAAAUCAAAAGCCAGGUUUUGAUGGUUUAAAUCGCCUAAAGAUUGUCAGUAUGAUUUUGAAUGAGGUUCUUAGAUUAUACCCACCGGUACUUGGGUUGACACGAUUUGUUAAAAGAGAUAUGAAACUUGGAAGCAUAACAUUGCCUGCUGGAGUGCAGGUUUUACUUCCGACAAUUUUGGUUCACCAUGGAUGUGAAUUCUGGGGUGAAGAUGCUAAGCAGUUCAAUCCUGAGAGAUUUUCUGAAGGAGUUCUAAAGGCAACAAAUGGUAGAGUUUCAUUUUUCCCAUUUGGAUGGGGUCCUAGAAUAUGCAUUGGACAAAACUUCUCCUUUUUGGAAGCAAAGAUGGCUUUGUCAAUGAUUUUACAACAUUUCUCAUUUGAACUUUCUCCAGCAUAUGCUCAUGCUCCAGCUAUGUUACUCACUCUUCAUCCACAGUAUGGUGCUCAUAUCAUUCUCCAUAGAGUGAAAUCUUAAAAAUAUAUCACUUCUGGGAUAUUGUUAUAUGUUUAAUUGCUUUCCUUUUCACAUGUUUGUGUGUGAGAAUACCUUUUAUCAAUUGUUGCUUUGUAAUUGAACUGACAAAACACAAAAGGAUUUCGUUCUAGAAUAAAUCCAACUACGAUACUUUAAACUUA